AUGACUUCCACACCCUUUGUAUGGGCUCUGCGACUACAAGAUCCACCAAAUAAAUUUUCACCCCGGACGUUUGCAAUCUAUCAUGGAAAAACAGAUCCUGUAGCACAUAUUUCAGCCUACACUCAUAAGAUGACUCUUUGGGCAGGUCGAGACAGACUCAUGUGCAAAAUGUUUCCGUCAAGCCUUGGGACAACAGCCGUGAAAUGGUUCCACCAACUUCCAGAGAAUUCAGUUUCGUCUUGGAGGGAGUUGGCCCGGAUCUUCGUAGCAAGAUUCAUAGCAAAUAGUCGAGAUCGAGCAACAUUGGAUACGCUAUUUGCUUUACAUCUGAGGAGAGGAGAAUCACUCCGGGCUUACGCUGCCAGGUAUUCAGAUACCUAUGCAGAUAUAGAAGAUUGUGAUGAAAGGACCGCAGUAGCUACUUUUCGCCUUGGGCUCCCUCGUGAUUAUAAAUUACGAGAGAGUUUGACGAUGGCUCCACCCAAGAGUAUGGCCGCGCUUCAGGACAGGAUUAAGCAAUACGUCAAACUGGAAGAAGACAAACAGGGGGAUCGACAGUUUGCUUCUCAAGAAGGGACAAAAAAGGAAAAUAAGAAAUCGCAGACAAACCGUAUUUUCGACGGCCAAAUAAGAUGUCAGGGGAUCCGUCCACUCGAAACCAGUCCAAAUGGUGUUUCUAUCAUAGAGACAAAGCAGGGUCAUCUUAAGGAAUUUAUUGACAAAGAGAAAACCGCUGCCGAAAAGAAGGCAGAACCUCAGUCAAAGGAGCGGGAAGAACCUUCACACUACGUGGUUAAUUUUAUUGAUGCAAUGGUACCGGAUGCACAACUUGGUGAUGCGAGACCAAGGGAGGCAACUGCAAUCACUUUCACCAAGGAAGAUGCAACAAGAGUGAUCUUUCCGCAUAAUGAUGCUCUUGUGAUCUCCCCGCAAAUCGGAGCAGCAACAGUGAAGCGAAUGAUGGUAGACCAAGGAAGUUCCGUGGAGAUCAUGUAUUAUUCACUCUUCCAGAAGUUAGGGAAAACUCAUGCAGAUUUGAUUCCUGUUCUGACACAUCUAGUGGGCCUUAAUGCAACCCCAGUUUGGCCGCUCAGAAAGAUAAGAAUGCCAGUCACGGCAGGUCCAAGAACAGUUGAGGUGAAUUUCCUUGUUAUAGAUCUACCCUCAACGUAUAAUACAAUCAUGGGCAGGACUUGGCUUCACUUAAUGGAGGCUGUUCCCUCAUCUUAUCAUCAGAUGCUCAAAUUCCCCUUUGGGGACAAAGAAGUGGAAAUAAGAGGAGACCAAGCUGCCUCAAAAGAGUGUUUAUGGCAAAAGCAAAGCAAGCAGGAAGAAUAA